GCGGAGCCUGCAAUCCCGGGCUGCGGCGGCGGAAGCGCGUCGGCGUCGGGCCCAGCGCGCCUUUUUGGAGGUUCGCGGCGGCUCCGGGACGCAGCCGGUUAGUCCCUGGAAUGGUCAGUCAUGGACCAGAAAAUUAUAUCUUUAGCAGCAGAGAAUUCCCAGAACCUGCAGGCAUUUCUCCAAAGUCUGGAAGAAGAUGAGCUGUCCUGUAUUCUGAACCAGGCCUUGAAAGGGAAAGCUUUGGGAAGUCUCCUGCGAGCCAUCUUCAAAGGCUCCCCCUGCUCGGAGGAUGCGGGCGCUCUCCGACGCCGGAAGAUAUACAGCAGCUGCCUGCAGUUGGUGGAGUGCGGGGACAUGCAGAGAGAUGUCGCCUCCGAGGUGGUCGGGCUGCUGAUGCUGGAGGCACAUCACUUCUCGGGGGCGUACUUGGUGGAGCUGGUCCAGGAGUUCAUCGAUGCUCUCAGAGGAGACAACCUGCAGAACGGCACGUCCCUGGAGCUGCUGCCUGUGCUCCUCACUGCCCUGGCCACCAGGACUGAGAAGAUCGCUAUGGACAAAGGUGAGCUGAGCGGGGCCGAGUGCAAGAAGCAGCUUAUCAGCAGCCUCUGUGCUGGCAGGUGGAGUGGCUAUCACACGAUCCAGCUCAUCUCUAUGUUCAAGGACGUCCCUCUGACGGAGGAAGAGUUGGACUUUGUGGUCGGGAAGGCGUUGAAGAUGUUCUCGGAAAUGAAGCUCCAGGAAGUCCCGCCUCUGGUGUACCAGCUCCUGCUGCUCACCGUGAAGGGAAGCAAAAAGAGGGUUCUGGAAGGGAUCAUCGCUUUCUUCGACGAGCUCGAUUGGCAGCACAAGGAGGACCCAAACAGUGACGAGCUCCUGGACGUCGUCACCCCUGUGCCAACCGGUGAGCUUCACCAUGUGGAGGGCACCGUCAUCCUGCACAUCGUCUUUGCCAUCAAGCUGGAUGCGGACCUCGGCAGAGAACUCCUGAAGCUGCUGAAGGCGGGGCAGCGUGGGGACGGCAGCAACUCCCUGUGCGCCUUCAGCAUCGCCCUCCUGCUCUCGGUCGCUCGCAUCCAGAGGUUCGAGGAGCAGGUGUUUGCCCUCCUAAAGCGUUCCGUCACCAAGAGCUUCAAGGAUCGGAAUCUCCUCCAGGGUUCAAAAUUCCUUCAGAACCUCGUCCUGCCUCGAACUUGUGCUUCGUCCAUGAUCCUGGAAGUGGUAAAGAGCAGCGCCCACUGCUGGGACCACGUCACCCAGGGCCUGCUCCAGCUGGGCUUCCUUCUCAUGGACACCUAUGGACCAAAGAAGGGUUUUGAGGGGAAACCCGUGGAAAACAGCUCGAUUCUUGCCCGAAUGCCGAAUCAGCAUGCGUGUAAGCUGGGAGCCAACAUCCUCCUGGAGACUUUCAAGGUCCACCAGCUGGUCAGAGAGGAGAUCCUCGAGCAAGUCUUCAACAGGGUUGUCACAAGAGCGUCCGCACCCAUCAGCCAUUACUUAGACCUGCUCUCCAACAUCGUCAUGUACGCGCCCUUGGUUCUUCACAGCUGCUCUUCAAAAGUCAUCGAGGCGUUCGACUAUUUGUCCUUCCUCCCCCUCCACACGGUCCACGGGCUGCUGAAGGCCAUGCAGCCCCUCCUCAAGGUCAGUGUGGCCAUGAGAGACUCGCUGAUCGUCGUGCUCAGGAAAGCCAUGUUCGCCCGGCAGCUGGAUGCCCGCAAGUCGGCCGUGGCCGGGUUUCUGCUGCUCCUGAAAAACUUCAAGGUGCUGGGCAGCUUGUCCUCGUCCCAGUGCAGCCAGUCCAUCGGGGUGAGCCAGGUCCGCGUGGAUGUCCACAGCCGCUACAACUCCGUGGCCAAUGAGACGUUCUGCCUGGAGAUCAUGGACAGCCUGCGCAGGUGCCUGGGCCAGCAGGCCGACGUCCGGCUCAUGCUCUAUGAGGGCUUCUAUGACGUCCUUCGCCGGAACUCGCAGCUGGCUACUUCCAUCAUGCAGACUCUGCUCUCGCAGCUGAAGCAGUACUAUGAGCCCGCCCCCGACGUGCUGCCGCCCCUCAAGAUCGGAGCCUGUGUGGUGACCCAGGGGGGCCAGACCUGCCUACAGGAGCCGCUGGACUCCCUCUUGUGCUGCAUCCAGCACUGCCUGGCCUGGUACAAGACCAAAGUGAUCCCGCUGCAGCAGGGCGGCGGGGCGGACGCCGAUGAGGACGAGGAGGGCUUCUACCAAGUCCUGGAUGACAUGCUGGAGUCCAUCACGAAGAGGAUGGUCAAGAGCGAGCUGGAGGACUUGGAACUGGACAAAUCAGUUGAUAUUUCACAGACCACUGAUGUGGGCACCAAAAACAGACUCUGUGGGUCUCUGGUGAUGGGCAUCUGUGAGGUCCUGAUCGAGUACAAUUUCUGCACCAGUAACUUCAGUAAGAGCAAGUUUGAAGAAGUGCUGAGUCUGUUCACGCUUUAUAAGAACGUCUCCGACCUGCUCGGCGAGAAGACGGGAAAGGGCAAGUUGCGGGGCACCGGCAGGGCCCAGGAGAGCCUCCUGUCCUUGAAGUUUGUAGCCCAGCUCCUCGAAGCACUGUACAGGGACACCACGCAGAGCCACCAGGAGAGCCUGUCGGUGCUGCGGUCCUGCAGGGACUUCAAGCGCUAUGCGGUGAGCGUGGCUGUGCAGAAGAUGGUGCAGCUGAAGGACACGGGCUGCGUGAGCGGCCCCGACGGCCAGAGCUCCGAGAGGCUCUUCCAGAACCUCUGCUCCAUCACGCGGGUCCUGCUGUGGCGCUACACGUCCAUCCCCUCGUCGGUGGAGGAGCGGGGCAAGCAGGAGGGCAAGAAGGAGCGGGGCAGGGGCUCGAAGAGCGUGUCGCUGCUGUGCCUGCAGGGGCUGUUCGCCGUCCUGGGUCUCCUGGAGCACUUCUACCCGCCCAAGAUCCAGCAGUUCCUCUGCGCGCUCGAGGUGACGGGGGAGCGGGCUGACGUGGAGAUCAACGUCACGCAGAGGGCCUCCUUCCAGAUCCGCCAGUUCCAGCGGGUCCUGCUGAACAUGCUGAGUCUCUCGGAGGAGGAGGUGAGCGCGCGCGAGGCCCUGCUGCUGGUCAACACCAUGUCCAGCCUCUGCAAGCUGCUCGAGCCCAGCUCCCAGCAGUUCUCGCAGGUGCUAACCUGGACCAUGAAUGUCUGCAAGGAGAAGAGCUGGGGGGACCCGGCUCUGUGCAAGGCCCUCCUGGGACUGCUGCUGAUGCUGCACACGCUCUGCAAGAGCCCCGCGGUCCUGCUGCGCGACCUGGCUCAGGACAUCCACGGGCACCUGGGGGACGUCGACCAGGAUGUGGAGGUGGAACAGACCAACCACUUCGCCUUGGUGUCCCCGAGGACCGCUGCCCCCGCUGUGUGUCUGCUGGUGCUGAGCCAGGCGGAGAAGGUGUUGGAGGAGGUGGACUGGCUGAUCACCAAGCUCAAGGGACAGAUUGGCAAGGAAGCCCGGUCGGAGGCCCCAUCUCAGGAGUCUCCCAGCCGGGCCGUGGAGAAGGCCGUGGUCGUGCAGCUGGGGACGCUCCUCACCGCCUUCCACGAGCUGGUGCAGACGGCUCUGCCGUCGGGCAGCUGCGUGGACGCCCUGCUGAGGGCCCUGUGCAAGAUGUACACCACGCUGACCGCCCUCGUUAAAUACUCCAUCCAGGUGUGCCAGGGGCCUGGAGGGAUCCCCAAGAACAUGGAGAAGCUGGUGAAGCUCUCUGGCUCGCACCUGACCCCCGUCUGCUAUUCCUUCAUUUCGUACGUGCAGAACAAACAGAGCCUCCCCACAAAAGGGGAGAAGGCCAAGGAGAAGGGCACGGUGGCCACGGCCAUGGCCCGAUCUCUCCGGGAGACCAAGCCCAUCCCCAACCUCGUGUUUUCCAUUGAGCAGUACGAGAAGUUCCUCAUCCUGCUCUCCAAGAAGUCUAAGGUCAACCUCAUGCAGCACAUGAAGCUUAGCACUUCCCGCGACUUCAAGAUCAAAGGGAACAUCCUGGACGCCGUGCUCCGUGAGGAGGAGGACGGCCAGGAGCAGGGCGAGGAGGGCUGCACGCUGGAGGCGGAACCCGCCAAGAAACGGAGAAAAGAAACAUCGUCCUGAGUUUCACAGCCGCGGCCCGUCCGGUGGCCGGCGCUGGCCUUGGCACCUGCUUUGGAACCCCCCGAGCUCCUUCCUGCCCUUCCUGCUGUUGAGCCCGGCUCCGAGUCUGAGGGUGUGGGGGGCUGCACCCCCGGCGGGCACUGCUACUCCGCUGGCGGGGGGCGUCGCUCCAGGGAGCCGUUGGUGAGCUCGAGGAUCUGGUAGAUGUCCAGAGCCUCCCCUGCAAGGACCAGAGCAGCGGGUGGCCACCUUGCUGGUGUCCCAACGCCCCCCCCCCAACUUUGCACUUUGACAAUAAAUGGUUCUCGUGUGGUUUGA